AUGGGAUACGAUCUGAUAGGCCUGGAGGAGACGAUGUCGCCCGAAGUAGCGAGGGCCCUGAGAGCUGCUUACGCAGAGGCUGAAGCCUGCGACCAAGACUACUCGUUCCUCUGCCCUUUCUCGUGGACCGAAGCUGGUGAUGGCUCGUCCUGCACUGCGCCAGAGGCUUAUAUCGGACCCUGUCAGAAACACCAAAGCUUUGCCCUCUCUAAAGAGGAAAAGCAGUCAAAAGAGCGCGAGUGCCUCAUAACGUGGCCAUGCUUAAAGAAAUGCGUACGGGACUACAUGCAAUUGUGUCCUGCUGGAUGGACAGACAUUGGAGGGGGCCAGUGUUCCGCGCCGUUCUCCUACUCCGGGCGCUGCUCAAGAACAUCCAGUUUUGCGGGUCUUUCUCGGGAGGAAAGGGAAAGAUGGAGCGCCGCUUGCGAUGUGUACUGGCCGUGUCAAGGGCCGUGUAAGAGAGAUUACUCUGCAGCGUGUCCCGAGGGCUGGACAUUAGCUGGCGGAGAGGGAAAGUGCAGAGCUCCAGUAGGUUACGACGGCCCUUGCGGACCAGUAGAAAGCAUCGGCAGCUUCGACACCGAAACCAAGCAGCUGUUCGAGAACAGAUGCAAUGUUCGAUUCCCCUGUGAGAGUAAAUGCCGGCGGGAUUACUCCUUCGCGUGUCCCCAAAGUUGGGCAAACGUGACCCUCGAAAAGUGUGUGCCGUCGGAUACCUAUGCAGGCCCUUGCAGGGAGGAAGUUGAUGCCGCUGGCAUGACUGAGCAAGACAAAAUAGACUUCGAGGAGAGAUGCCAAGCGGACUGGCCCUGCGCAGAGGACAAGUGCCAACGAGAUUUCAAUGCUCCAUGCCCCCUAGAGUGGACUGAGACGCGGAAAGCAUGCUUGGCUCCGGCUCACUAUGAGGGACCGUGCGAAGAGCGGCAGAACUUCGUCAGCUUGACGCCAGACGAAAAGGAAGCCGCCAUGUCAACAUGUGCAGGUCUGUCGUAUACUGCGUGA